AUUCCUUCUAGCUGGAAGGAUGCUGGGGCAUGGGACUCCCAGGGAGUGAGCAUAAGUGGCAGUAAUUGUAGUGCAUGGAAAACAUGACUCCUCAACAGCUCGUCAUUUUGCAUUCCAGCCAUGGAGAGCUGCUGGUCUUGUCCCCAGGAUGAGUGGUCUCACGGGGGCCAGGUCUCCUGCUGGAAGAAGGCCGUGGUAUAGCUGUUCUGGGCCGAGCUCACCAGCAUCGUGCUGAUCAUGCUAACGUUAGUGGGGAUGGCUCUCAAUGCUUCUGUCACGGCAUUGUAUGCGAGGCACAUAGACACCCCUAUUGGCAAAGCUGCCGGGGGCCUCAUAUUUUACUGCCACAUGGCCAGCCUGCUGGGCUCCUUUGCCAGCGUGUUCCUCUUUGCUGGGGAGCCAACAGGUUAGAAGUGCAAACUUCAUCGGCUGGCCUUCGGGGUGAGCUUCACGCUUUGCCUUGCCAGUAUCCUAGCCAAAUGCAUCUGGAUUCUGGCUGCCUUCGCCAUUCCCAUGGGAAGACCGACAAAGCUGCAGACCAGCCUGUAUCUGAUUGUUCUUGGCAUCCUCCCCGCUCUGCAGUGCACUGUCUGCUUUCUGUGGCUCCUCCUUGACUCUCCUGGAGUCAGGCGUUCGUAUCCCAGGAAGGCAGACUAUCUGAUCAUUGAGUGCUUCAGCGAAACAGGCAUCAGCUUCUCCGUCAGCACCAGGUAUCUCUGUGUCCUGGCCUUCUGCUGCCUCUCAGCUGCCAUCAAAACCCACUCCCUGCCUAAGAUUUUCAGCGACUCCCAGGGCAUUUCCUUAAUGAUGGUGACUUUCUUUGCUGUCUGGCUCUCCGUGAUGCCAGCUCUGGAGUCGAGAAAGGAGCAAAUAGUUGAUAUGAUGGCUGUCGUGUCUAUCCUGCUGUCUUCCUACAGCGGCCUGGCCUUUCUGUUUUUCCAGAGAUGCUACGUUAUGUUAUUCAGACCCCAUCACAAUGCUACAGAGUGGAUCAAGAAAACCACGUACGCGUACUGCCGAAAGGUUGCUAGCAAAGCCAAUCUGAGCAUCCAGCUGGAGCCCAGCACCGCCACCAUGGACAUGUUCGCCUAAGCAGGGCAUGGAACGAAUGUGGGGAUGCUGGGUGUUAGUUGCUCAAAUUGUUUGUAAUUCUGCUUUUUGCUGCGUAAAGGCCUCUGCAGGGCUGGAUUCAGGCAAAGCCUGGUCCCAACCAAACAAAUCCAUCAAGCCCCAAAGCAAGGGGACGGGGAGAGGAAAACCGGCUUACAAAUUUUGGCGCACCCUAUGGAGAACUUUGGAGCCAACCCCUUCAGAGCUUGUCCCUCAGACCAGCGUCUCACUUGCCCUUGCCUUUAAAUCUGCCCCAGGCUCUGUGACUUGCUGAUGCUAGUUUCUUCUCGCUGCAUAGACAUACCUUGAGUGACUUUGGGCAAGUCACUUUGUCUCUCGGUGCCUCAGUUUCCCAUUUGUAUUUCCUUUCUUUCACUGUUUGUCUUACCUGGUUAGACUGUCAGCGUGCUGAUGCAUGGAUUUAUUGGCUCUCAUAGUAUACAGCACCUAGCGCAGAGGGGGUCUUUCCGGGAUUGGAGACCAUGAGUGGUGAUGUCGCAAAUAACAAAUCUACCAAUGUUCAGGGCUGUUUGUGUCCAUGGGGUUGAUUCAGUGCCAUGGUUACUGAAAAUAGUUGAAGGUUGGGGGUGGGUGGUAUCACAAAUCUACAGGAUCUGUGCCACACACACACACCCCAGCUUGUAAACAGUCUCUUGGAGGAACCCCAGCCACAUGUGCAGACCCCCAAGGAGUCCCACUCUAAUUUCAGGGUAGGCCCCGCAGCCUCACCCCCUCCUGGGCUGAGCUCUUGAGCUCCAGCGCUCUUGCUUCACACUCUGAGCUCUGUUCGGUGUGUCCGACUGAAAUAGACUCCUGGCAGAGACUUGCCCACUCUUCAGGGACUAACAUACCCAGCCAGUGUUUGCAGUUCCCCCAAACAGCCUUUUCAAAACAGAGUAGGGUUUAUUAGUCAAGUGGAACACAGCACUCCCGUUCGGGUAUCCUGUGCACUGGACUACACUUCCUGUCUUUAGAGUCUUUGAGAAAUUCUGCUUAUACUGAGGUUUGGGGUAGGGGCGGGAGUGACUCUGUAGGCCUCCAGUGACCCCCGGCAGCAACGUCCGAGAGUUAGCGGCAUCACCUUUAUUUCACCGAGAGUCUUUUUGUCAGUGUCCUGUUGGCAAAAUACUUGCUCAGCACAAAGAUGUAAAUAUUGAACUGCAAAAUCAGUAUCUACAGCACUACCUUGCUGCUGGCCAGUGUACUGCCAGAGGCCAGGAUAGUGGAGCUGCUCUUUUAAUCAGCUCUUUGGUGCAGCAGUCCUAUAUUAAUAGGUUUGUAGCCCCACCACGUGUCUGCUGAAGGGAUUGCAUGUCUGUGUACUUAGUUCCAGCAUUGGGCAAAUGCAGGACCCCAUCAAAUGUGCCUCAUUUGAUUCAGCAGUGACAACACUGAAUUAAAUGGGCCAGCUAUCCAUCUGGCACCAUGCCACUGGCUUGAUUCAGAGUUAUGGCAGGGAUGGAUUUGGCCCAGCAUCUGAUAAAGAGAGAGGCUUCAGGACCCUUAUAUACUAAAUUGGCCAUAAGCCUACCUUCAGUCAGUGAGGCUGAGAGAGUCUAGCUGAAAACCAAGGGAGGUUUCAAGGGAAAGAAUCUUGCCAGGCAGAUGUGGUCUUGACCUCUCUAGAUUGUAAAUGUUUCAUAUUUAAGAGUCUCGUGGAGGACGUGUUAAUACAGUAAAUGCUAUUGCUUCAUGAAAUAGAUGAA